AUGGUCAGCUGGUCUGCUUUGGAGCCAACAAAUCCGGGCAGUGUGACGUGCCAGCAGAUUUGGGACCAGUUGUGGCGGUUUCAGUGGGAUCUCAACAUACCUGUGCAGUGCAGACAGGUGGUCAGCUCGUCUGCUUCGGAGCUAACCAAAAUGGGCAGUCUGAUGUGCCGGCAGAUUUGGGACCAGUUUCAGCGGUCUCAGCAGGCGAACAUCAUACUUGUGCGGUGUGUGCAGAUGGUCAGCUCGUCUGCUUUGGAUCCAACCUGGCCGGGAAGUGUGAUGUGCCAGCAGAUCUGGGGCCGGUUUUUGCUGUCUCAGCGGGAUUUUAUCAUACCUGUGCGGUGCGGACAAACGGUGAGCUCGUCUGCUUUGGGGCCAACCACAAUGGCCAGUCUGAUGUGCCAGCAGAUCUGGGACCAGUCUUGGCGGUGUCAGGAGGUGAAUAUCACACCUGUGCCGUGCAGGCAGAUGGUCAGCUCGUCUGCUUCGGAGAUAAUGCACUUGGGCUAUGUGAUGUACCAGCAGACCUGGGGCCAGUGUCCGCGGUCUCAGCAGCUUAUUAUCAUACUUGCGCAGUAA